UAAAUAUCUGGCAACUUAUUGGUGCUGUCAGAUAGGUGCAUUUCGUAAGUUUAGAAAAUAUACUCGCAAUUGCAAUACAGAACAAAAAAAGGAGUAGAGGAAAAUUUGGAAAAUUAUUGAAUUGUUUUCCCUAUAUUUCUUGUUCCACCGGAAUUUUAUAUCAUAAAUAGUGUGAAGUGUCGACGACCGCUUAUUGUGACAUAAUCUUGGAAAACCACAACACAGUCACCAACACAACUUCGGACGUCAGGCAGGAAUUUUACCCAAAAAAAGCCUGCCAAGAAAAGCAACCAAAUAGUUGACUCGUUAUAUAGAAUGGCUACACCACAAUCUCCAACCCGUAUGUUCAAUGGUCUGGAUGAAGAUAUUUAUAAUGAAGCAAAAUUUGCACAUGAAAUAAAUGACAAAAUGCGUGUUCCUAAGCGCAUUAAAGCAACAGGAGAAUUCUCUGACGAAGAUUUACUUUUAUCCAAUCAAAAUGGUUUAAUUAAUUCGUGGAAUUAUCACGAUAAAAUUGACAUGAACGUACCAGAUCGUAUAGUGGUAUUAGGUCAUAAUCAACAUCUCGAGACACGCUCAGCACCACGAGAAAUACAACUGGAAAACUCAAUUCUACCAAAGAACCCAACGGUGAGCAUGGUACGUGUACAGACACCACCUCGUGUUAUCACACUGAAUGAACACCAUUUCCCAUCUGCUUCGGAGGAGAGUUCACCACAUCGAUAUGAUGAUGGUGCUGACUUUGAAGAUGGCGAUUACGAUGAUGACGAUGAUACACGUCCACCUCCUUAUGUGCGCGCUAACGGUAUAGGCCAUGCACAAGUCGGUUUUCAUCCCACUGACUCCAAUUCUGUGGAAUCUGACUCACAAUUGACUACAGGUGGUGCCAGCAAACGUUCGCAGCAAUUGGUAUACAACAACAAUGACACAUCAAUUGUCAGCCAUCGCGAAGGUACACCUAUGGGCGAGCUGACACCACAUGAAGAGAUCCUCUAUUUACGUCGGCAAUUAGCCAAACUAAAUCGUCGCGUAUUGAACAUUGAAAUCAGUAACGAACAGCGUCUGCAACGCGAAAAAAUCGUGUAUUGUUUGGGAUUAGCGUAUUUCGUAUUGAAGGCUGUCUUCUGGCUAAAUCGUAAUUGAAUUUUAUAUUAAGUACAUAACACGCAUACAACCGAGGAGAGCAUUAGUGCGCGCUAAACGACGCAUUUUAUUGAAAUUUUGCAAGUCGUUGAAAUUUUUUGGGGUUUAAGAGUUACGUGAAAAUGGUAUUGGUUGGGGGUGAUAGUGUAAGUAUGCGCUAAUGCUAAUUUCUAUAUUAACACAAUGUUUUUUUUUUUUUUUUUGGUUUUAUUUUUAUAUUUGUAGCAAUAUAGAAAGUGUGUAUUUGAAUUUAAACUUGUAAACCUACGAACAUUUGAUUUGAUUUAGCCUAAAUUAUUUCAAUAUAAAAUAAUUGUUAAUAUGAGCCUGUAUCGAAGUAAAAUAAAAAUAUUGAAAAACUAUAAAGAAAGCAUAACUUGAGCGGAAAAUACCACUACAUAACAUAUUUGAAAAGCAGCUGCUUUGCUGAGCUAAAUAUUUAUGUUUAUUUCGAUAUUUGCCUAUACAUUUAUACAUAUACAUAAAAAAAAAUAGCGUCAAUUUCUAAUAAGAAUAGUGGAAAAAAUUAUUUUAUGUGAUUUAUUUCUGAUAUUCUUACUUUAUUUAAAUUUUAAGAAUUGCAUGCAUACAAACGCUGACCUUUAAUUUUACUAGUAUUUAUAUGCGUCUAUUUCUAUUUAUAAAAUUUCAUUACAAUAAUUUCUACUCUAAUGCCAUAUUAUUGUUAAAUAUGUUAAACAUGAAAGAAGAAAUGAAACUAGUUAGAAAAAAUAUGCAGUACGUUGUCUAUGUUAACUUGUUUAUUAUUUAAUAAAAGUGCGGAUCUAUACAACAAUUGUGACUUAACAGAAUACGCGAAAUACGAUUUUAAAGGUAUUAUCCACGAAAACAUUAAUUAAUUAAAGUACAUUGCUUUAUAAAGAGGCUGGAAACGUAUUUAUAAAUCAAAUAUUGUGUUUUGUUACUUUCAUAUUUAAUAUUGAAAAUAAACCAAGUGAUUGAUGUUAGAGCGCAAAUAGCAACUUUACUACGACAAUCGAUUCUAUAUACAAUUGCAGCUUUAUCUUUUUUGAAAUAUAAACAAAGUUUCACGCAUUUAAGAUAGUGACUUUCGUACCGAUCUUGUUUUGGAUAUAAACGUUUGAGCUUACUCGUUCAGUUGCCUCUAUAUUAUUGUCAAACAUGUUCUCAAGAUGUUGUAACCAAUUCUGCGGUGUCUUCUAGUCUCACAUUGCUUUUAACUUAUUAUUAGUAAGAUAGCAACAAAUAUUUUCUUCGCCUAAAUUAUAUGAUCCGAGUUUGAUAUGAUUUCACUUUUCUUUACUAUAUUUACUAGCUCGAUUCGCAGUCAAACAUGGCGAAUCAAUUUACAACUUGACUUUGGGUGCGCAAUUUCUAAUUAGUUGCAACAAUACUAACCUAUUGUAUAUUUUGACAUCUACAUCAUUGAAAUCCUUGCAAACCUGGAAUUUAAUAGUCAUGCACCAUUCCAACAAAAUGGUGUCAUAACUAGCUAUACGCACAAAUAGCCCUUGACUCAGUGAAGCACCCUAAUUCGCAUUAAUACAACCUCUUAUGUAAUAUGUUAAGUAUAUGUAAAUUCAGUCACAUAUAUAAUAGUACAUUUUAUUCUUUUUUUCACGACUUCGACAAUCACUUAUAUUAAUGUAACUAUGCAUUUUCAUUCAAUUUACAAGUUUUUUUUUUUAUUUAAGUAUAUAAUAUUAAAUUAAAUGCAAUUUCUUUACGUUACUUUGCAUAUUACUUUUUCUACAACUAAAGACUUUUCAUAUCAUAAAUGUAUUUUUCUUUUUACUGUUUUUUGAUGUUCUUGAAAUUUUGUUUUAAAAAAAUGAACUAUUUUACGACAUAUACCAUAUGAAUAUAAAUGUGUUGUGCGAAAAUAUGUAAAGAUGGUUACAGAUGGGCAAGCUGGUCCUUUUAGUGUAUAUUGAAAGUAUGUGUUUGCUAUAAUUAAUUCAGUAUUUCAACUAAAAUUAAUCGCUUUCUUCAUCCUCCUCAUCAUCUUCAUCUUCAGACUCU